GAAAAUUUAACACAAGAUUCAAAUACACUUGCAACUACUACAAUUACAACUACAGCGACUAAUGCUGAUUCUAGUUUAUUUUUAUCCAGUGAUUCUGAAGAUUUAGGUCAGAUGAAUGAUGAAGUUAAUUUUAAUGUCGAAAGUAAUGAAUUGAAUGUGAUUCAUUCUCGACCCGACACCAAUCCAAAUGAUAUCGAUUAUUAUGUAUUAAAUAAAUUAUCAAUUGAUGAUCAUUUGAAAUAUUCUCUGUUAACAAAUCAUUUUAAACCUGAUAGUAAAUAUUCGUUUCCAACGUUAUAUUCGGAUGAUCGUAAACAUUCUCGUUGA